UGCACAGAGACCUUUGAUGCUUCUCUAGCAGCAUUCGGAUGGAAAGAGAGAAGUCAGUUUCACUAGCAGUGUCACCAGGAUCAGGAAUGUGUACAAAGGAGCAGCUGACUCCUUACCAUAAACCCACUUUAUAGCAUAAAAGUUUGAAAUUUGCAAAAGGUUCUUGUAUCAUUCAUUUUUUUCUAAGACAAAUGAAAGUAGUUGUGUUCAUCCCUUAACAUCAGGUAUUUCAGCUUCAACAUGAUCUAUUACUUUUCAGAAUCUCUGAAAUAAAUAGGCUGUAGUUCUAUAAUUAAGGUCUACAGUCCCUUAUCCAUAAUUCUAAAAUUCAAAAACUUCUAAAAAUCAAACAUUGUAUAUAACUCCUUUGGUGGCAAAACUAGAUCUUAACUGAGACAAUUUAUAGUACAGUAGUUACUUCUUAACUACUGUUUUUCUUUCCAUAGUUUCAGUUCCCAUGGUCAACUACAGAAUAUUUAAUAGAAAAUUCCAGAAAUCAACAGUUGAUAAGUUUUAAACUGCACCAUUCUGAGUAGCAUGAUGAAAUCCUGAACUAUCCUACCCUGUCCCACCCAGGACAUGCAUCAUUCCUUGAAAGAAGCAGCUUUGAAUCUGAACUUGAUAUUAAAAGAAGAAAAUGAAGAACAUCAGUUGGAUUAGAAAGAACUGGCUUCUUGUAGCUGGGGUGUCUUUCAUAGGCGUCCAUCUUGGAACGUACUUUAUACAGAGGGCUGCAAAGCAGUCUGUAAAGUCUCAGUCUGGAAGCAAACAAAAGAUUAUUGAAGAAUGAAGUAAAAUAAAUAUUUGGAAUUACUAAUUUGUCAUUAAGUCAUUAUAUUCUGAUUAGCUUUAUAAACAUCAAAAUAUUUAAUUUUGUAGCCUCAUUGUUGCAUUUUCAUACUUUCAUUCCUGAAGAAUAUUUUUUUAGAUAUUAAAACACAUGACAAGCAAUGAAAAGAAAAAUAAUGGUCCACAAAAUAAAAGCUGCCUUUGCAAGCUAACACUUGAAAUGUCUCGUUUAGAAGCUAAGAAGCCAUCAUUGUGUAACAGUGAGCCCCUGACAAGUGAGGGAGUCAGGGCCACACUUUCUGUGUGGAGAGGAAUCGUGUCAUCAUGCUAUGGCCCUUCAGGCAGGCUGAAGCAGCUGCACAACGGCCUUGGGGGUUACGUGUGCACGACCUCGCAGUCUGCAGCCCUGCUUCGUAACCUUUCAGUCACCCAUCCCAUAAUAAAGAUCCUUGUGACUUCCGUGCAGAAUCAUGUGUCAUGCUUCAGUGACUGUGGCUUAUUCACAGCCAUUCUCUGCUGCAACCUGAUUGAAAAUGUUCAGAAAAUAGUCUUGACACCCACCACUGUCAUUAAAUUAAACAAACAUCUUUUGCGUCUCUGCACCAAUUAUCUGAACUCUGAGGCCUGUGGCUGCCGAAUCCCCGUUGACUUCCACAGUGCUCGGAUCCCCCUUUGCUUGGUGCGCAGCGUGCUGACCAGUAAACCCGCCAGUAUGCUCACCAAAGAGGAGGUAGAUCAUAUCAGCGCUCUGAUCCUCAGAACUUUCUUGCUUACAAUUCCAGAAAAUGCUGAAGGCCAUAUCAUUUUAGGAAAGAGUAUAAUCGUACCUCUAAAAGGUCAAAGAGUUACAGAUUCUACUGUGUUACCUGGAAUACUCAUUGAAAUGCCAGAAGUUCAAUUGAUGAAGCUGUUACCUAUCAAAAAAUCAGGGGCCCUCAAGGUGGCACUCUUCUGUACAACUUUAUCUGGAGACCUUUCUGACACUGGAAAAGGAACCGUGGUGGUUCCUUGUGGGGUUUCUCUUGAAAGUGCAGUUCUGGACCAGCUGCUCAACCUAGGAAGGCAGCUAGUCAGUGACCACGUAGAUCUUGUCCUGUGCCAAAAAGUCAUGCACCCAUCUUUGAAACAGUUGCUCAGUGCGCACCAAGUUAUUGCCAUAGACAGAAUUGGAGUGACCCUGAUGGAGCCCUUGAGUAAAGUGACAGGAACGCAGCCUAUUGGUUCUCUAGGCUCAAUAUCAACUAGUAGUUAUGGAAGCGUGAAAAAUCUGCGUACUGCAAAAUUUGGCUCCAAACAUUUUUUUCAUCUUAUUCCUAAUGAAGGAACAAUCUGCAGUUUGCUUCUCUGCAACAGAAAUGAUACUGCCUGGGAUGAGCUGAAGCUCACAUGUCAGACAGCUCUGCAUGUCCUGCAGCUGACGGUCAAGGAACCCUGGGUGUUACUGGGAGGCGGCUGUACCGAAACUCAUUUGGCUGCAUAUAUUAGACACAAGACUUGCAAUGAGCCAGAAAGUAUUCUCAAAGAUGAUGCUGGAUGUACUCAAACGGAGCUUCACCUAGUUGCUGAAGCAUUUUGCAGAGCUCUAGAAUCUCUCGCUGUCUCUUUAGAACAUGACGGAGGCGAAAUUCUCACUGACAUGAAAUAUGGACACUUUUGGUCAGUUCAGGCACAUUCUCCCUCUGCUGUGAACUGGUCAGAUUUGCUUUCACGGUGUGGCUGUGGAUUAUACAAUAGCCAAGAAGAGCUCAGCUGGUCUUUCCUAAGAAGCACGCGUCAUCCUUUCGCACCACAAACCUGCCUUCCACGUGAAGCUGUGGGCUCCAGCAGCACCCUGACUGUGGACUGUUUGACUGCUAAGCUUGGUGGCCUACAGGUGGCUGUAGAAACAGCCAAUUUGAUUUUGGAUCUUUCAUAUGUCAUUGAAGAUAAAAACUAAUAUGAUAGAAUGACAUGUUUAUAUUACAAACAAGCUAGUCAGGUGGCAGUUAAGAAAA